CUGGUCGUUGUUCCCGUCGGUCCGAGUACCAGCUCCCAAUUGCCCGGAGGGCGGGUGGGCCUGCGGCAGAGGGAAGAAGGAGGAGAAGAAAGUUGUCCGGUCCCUGCAGCCUUUGGCUGAGUCUUCCUGAUCGUGGCCUCGGUCUAGUGGGUAUGAGCCUCUCCUGGGUGGCCAGUCUUUCUGUAGGUUGCUGUACGACGCCAGGAGAGAGAAGAGGAAAGAAAUUAAACCCUAUCGGUGAAGGUCGAUUUGAGGGUCUGCUGUAGCAGGUGGCACCACUUAAAGCAGGGAGGAAGUUUCCCCGGAUCCGCAGAGAUCGGAAAGGUUGUUGGGUGUGGCAACCUCCAGGGGAGGAAAGAAGGAGCGAAUUACCCAGUCUUGUGGAGGUCUACCUCCAGUAUCAGCUAUUGUGGCCUUGAAGUGGCUGAAGACCACCACUCUCCAUAGGCCUGUACCCAGGCCCACAGCCAUCUUCUCCCAGCCCAAGUGACUGCUCUAUUCCUUGGUCCCUGCUGUUGUCAGGGACGAUUGCAUGGGCUACGCCAGGAAAGUAGGCUGGGUGACUGCAGGACUGGUGAUUGGGGCUGGCGCUUGCUAUUGCAUUUAUAAACUGACCCGGGGAAGAAAACAGAACAAGGAGAAAAUGGCUGAGGGUGGAUCUGGGAAUGGGGAUGAUGCUGGGGACUGUUCUGGGGUCAGGUACAAUGACUGGUCUGAUGAUGAUGAUGACAACAAUGAGAACAAGGAUAUAGUAUGGUACCCACCUUGGGCCCGGAUUGGGACUGAGGCCGGUACCAGAGCUAGAGCCAGAGCAAGGGCUAGGGCCACCCGGGCACGUCGGGCUGUCCAGAAACGGGCUUCUCCCAAUUCAGAUGAUACUAUUUUGUCUCCUCAAGAGCUGCAGAAAGUGCUUUGCUUGGUUGAAAUGUCUGAAAAGCCUUAUAUUCUUGAAGCAGCUUUAAUUGCUCUGGGUAACAAUGCUGCUUAUGCAUUUAACAGAGAUAUUAUUCGUGAUCUGGGUGGCCUCCCAAUUGUUGCAAAGAUUCUCAAUACUCGGGAUCCCAUAGUUAAGGAAAAAGCUUUAAUUGUUCUGAAUAACUUGAGUGUGAAUGCUGAAAAUCAGCGCAGGCUUAAGAUAUACAUGAAUCAAGUGUGUGAUGACACAGUCACUUCUCGCUUGAACUCAUCUGUGCAGCUGGCUGGACUAAGAUUGCUUACAAAUAUGACUGUUACUAAUGAGUAUCAGCACAUGCUUGCUAAUUCCAUUUCAGACUUUUUUCGUUUAUUUUCAGUGGGAAAUGAAGAAACCAAACUUCAGGUUUUGAAACUCCUUUUGAAUUUGGCUGAAAAUCCAGCCAUGACUAGAAAACUGCUCAGGGCCCAAGUACCAUCUUCACUGGGAUCCCUCUUUAAUAAGAAGGAGAACAAAGAGAUUAUUCUUAAACUUCUGGUCAUAUUUGAGAAUAUAAGUGACAAUUUUAAAUGGGAAGAAAAUGAACCUACUCAGAAUCAGUUCAGUGAAGGUUCACUCUUUUUCUUGUUAAAAGAAUUUCAAGUGUGUGCUGAUAAGGUUCUGGGAAUAGAAAGUCACCAUGAUUUUUUGGUGAAAGUAAAAGUUGGAAAAUUCAUGACCAAACUGGCAGAGCAUAUGUUCCCAAAGAGCCAGGAAUAACAUCUUGAUUUUGCAGCUUAGAAGCAAUAUACAUUGUAAACUAUUCCUUUUCUCCACCUUGGUUUAUAUGGUAAAGGAAUCCUUUCAGCUGCCAAUUUUGAAUAAUGAAUUCAUAUUGUAUCAUCAACGCUGAUAUUAUCCAAGUUGGUUUUCAGGUUGAAGCUGGAUCAAUGAAUAUUACUACUUGUUUUGAAAACAUGUUUGUUGCUUUUUAUCUCACUGUCUGGAUUGAAAUAUUUUUACUAUUUUCUUCUGCAUAAGUAAAUGACUGACAGUGAACCAAUUAGUCAUAAGUAAGCUCCCUUCUGUCAUUUGCAUUGACUUCAUUUGUGUAUCGUCAAUAAAGGUGUGUGUUAAUGCUUGAAAGAAAAAAAAGGAAAGAAGAAAGAAAUGACCCUUGUCCUUUGAUUUAUAAUCUAGUUGGAGAGAUAAGAAACAUACAAACGAAAAAAUAACAGAAUUUCUUGAGCACAUGCUCAUUAUCAAAUGUGCACAGAGGAGGCAGAGGUUUCUUUGGGUUACAGUAGUUAGCUAAAAUUUCAUAGAGAAGGCUGCCAUUUAAAAUGAGUCAUGAAUGGAGUAGGGUGGUUAGGGCAUUUCAUGAGAUAGGGAUGAGGUAGGAAUGGUGUGAGAAAAGCAUGGAGGUAGAACUCCACUCCUGUGGCAGUGAGACCAAUUUGCUUAGAGUGGAGAGAGUGGGGAGUAAGAGUAGAUACAGAUUUGGAAAGCCUGGUGAGGCCAUUUUGUGUAGAACUGUUUGACUAUUAUCCCAUUGAACCAAGAGCCACUCAAUGUUUUUUUAUAACUAGAAAGAAAAAGUGGGGUCUAUAUAAAAGUCCCUCUUUCCCCUAAUGUGCCAUGUCAGCAAGGGUGUCACAAAAUUGACCCUUUCAAACCCUGAUGAUGGGAAUGAAUUUACUCUGGCACAAGGUUAGUGGAGGGCCAUUUAGUAAUACAUAUCAUAAUCCUUAAAGUAUGUAAACUCUUUGACUUAUUUGUCCUAAGGAGAUAAUUGAAUAAUUGGCCAAAUAGCGUAUAUAGAAGACUGUUCAUCCCAGCACUAUCUAAAAUAGUAAAAAUCGGAAACAACCUAUGUGUCUAGUACACUGGAUUGGUUAAACAAAUUAGGGAAUGUUCACACAGUGUAUUAUGAUAAAUAUAUUUAUAGAAAUCUAUUUUGCCAGGGAAAGAUAUAUAUCAUGCAUUGUUAAGUGAAAAAGGUAGGUUAGUAGCAGUAUUCAUAGUAUGAUUCCAUUCUUUAAGAAUAAUAAAAUGUAUGUUUAAAUAGACGUUUAAAACUCUGGAAUCAUAGGUACCCAAGUAGUAACAGUGGUUAUCUUUGGGUGGAAGGAAAAUGAAUGAUUUUUACCUUUUUACUUUUUAUUCAUCUAUAUGUUCUUAUUUAUCUAAAAUGAAUAUCAAUUUUAAGACAUUUUUGGAGAAGAAAAGUUUAGGGAAUGAAGCACGUGACUGAUUGGAGUAUAACUGAAUGGAAAAAUAUUUAAAUUAAGAAUGAGGUGGGUUGAAGGUUCCUCUAUGAAAUGAUAGAUGAGAGGUGAAGAUGAGGUUUGUCAUGAGGAUAAAUGAGGUAAUAUAUGUAAAGUACUUACAAUGUUUUGAUACAUAACAAUCGAGAAAAGUGAGCAUCCUUAAUUCCCUAAAAUGCAGAGUUGAUAGUUAUUUGUUGACUUUUGUUUUGAUGGGGCAUUCUGCCAUGUGUCAGUAUCAUUUCAUAACCAACAAUAAAAGUUAGCAUUUAUUAAGUGA